AUGCCUCUGCCGGUAGAAAACUGUAACUUUUGCGACCGUUAUGAGCUUAGCAUAUUUCAGGAGGACAAUAUCAUGAAUUUUUGGGAUUGGCCUAGCUAUGGUGAAAAGGAGGAAGUUUUCUGCAUCGAAUAUAGAAUUGAUUAUAUGCUAGAAAAAUUAAACAGAAGAAUUGAUGAUGAAGAAGAUGGUCAUUCUCCUGAACUGCUUGAGUCCGUCGCGGUACCUUGGUUGUUGAAAUUUGACUGGAUUCUAAAACAUUGCAGAAUAAUGGCACAAGUAGUUUGCCAUAUAUUAGGCAUCUCUGAAGACUCUGCCUCUGUUGUAGCUGAACAGGUUUCAACUUUUGCCAGAUCACAACUAAAUGAUCCUCAAAACACUGGCUGUAAAGUAGUGCCUAUGGUAAUGUGGUUUACUAUUUUUUAUUUCCAACAUGAUGGUGAAGAUAUUAAUGAUGCUCGUGCUCGUGUCAAUACCAAUGUGACAUGUCCACCACUUCCUCCCAUUGUUCCUCCUCCUAAUCCUACAACCAAAGGUGUAAAUCCAUCAUACUUUCAAGUAUUGUACAGAUGGACUCUAAAACAUGGUCAUCCCAUACCUCCUAUGUGUUCCAUCUGUAUGGAUGAGCCUUCACUUGGACAGAUUAUUUCAGUCUUGCCGUGCUGGCAUUUUUUUCACUUACAUUGUAUCGUCAAAUGGCUAGAGAUAAACAAUCAAUGUCCUAUCUGUCGCAGGACCUUGCCAGAAAAUGACAAAUAA